UCGAGACAAGUUUACCGCACACCAGCUUCCUCCUCCCAUCUUGAUCAAGAAAGGAGAGUACGUGCCCAACCCGGCAGUGUUCGACGGCAUGACAACACAGCGACAGGACUAUCGCCCCUGGCCGCUGACCAAAAUCGAACAGCGGCCCCACGAACCCUGGGUCAGCUCCUCUGGCAAGUUCGAUGGGCUCACCACAAACAAGGCUGCCUUCCAAAGCUUCACGGUCCCCCCGAGGUUGGCUCCGGAGCCCCGAAAGUACUUGCGCAGCGUCGCCAAGUUCGAGGGUGUAUCGACACACGCCGCCGACUACAAAGCCUGGCAGAUUGCUCCAUUUAUCGUGCACCAAACCAACCAAAGGCACAUCUACGAAGAAGACAGAGACUUCAAGUCGACGACCGCUGCGACCUACGUGGGCCACCAGCCUCCCAGAGAGCCGAUCAAGGUGCAAACAUACGAGCGGCCACCACCCCUCAAGCUCGAGAGCGUCACCACGAACCGCGAAGCUUUCCAAAAGUGGCCGAUGCCGCCAAAGCUCAUCUCUCCAAAGAACCACCUUGCAGCCUCCAGUGGGCCGUUCUACGGACUGACGACCUACAACGACACCUUCACCCCCAAGAGCAUCGAGCGCAAGGUUAAGGUGCGAUCCCACUAUGCCAUGAAGCCAACAAAGUUCGAUGCAACGAGUACACAUCGCGCCGACUACACGGGAGAGCCCUGUGCAAGCCCCAAAGUACUGGACUUUAGACCCCGGGCAAGGUAUAUCCCGACCGAAGACGAUCGGGACUUUCUUACCACCACAAAAGCACAGCAUGACGAAAAGCCUCUUCCGCUCUGCAAGGUGGCCGAGUUGAUGAAAGGCAAAGAAGCCGAGCUGAGGAAAGAUGGACACAUGUACUUGAAGGUGGCGAAUGCUUAG